CCGCCACUCCUGUCCUGUGAGUCUCCUACCAAAAAAGGAGCACUACUUCCUCUUCUGAAUUGUGAAGGCUAUAAACCACCACCGGCACAUCUCUUCUCCCCCAGAUCCAUUCCUCGUCUCCAUCGCAGCACCCCGCCCUGCUCCAUCGUCUCCUCCUCCUCCGGAUCCCCUGCUAGUUCGCUUCGAAGAGAGAGAAAGAGAGAGAGGGGAUGGGGAGCCUCGCUUCGGAGAAGACGGUGGUCGGGUGGGCCGCCAGGGACGCCACCGGCCACCUGUCUCCCUACUCCUACACCGUCAGGAAGACGGGCCCUGAAGAUGUGCUGGUGAAGGUGCUGUAUUGUGGGAUCUGCCACACUGACAUCCACCAGGUCAAGAACCAGCUCGGUGCUUCAAAGUACCCCAUGGUCCCUGGGCACGAGGUGGUCGGUGAGGUGGUGGAGAUCGGGCCCGAGGUGACCAAGCACCGCGUCGGCGACGUCGUCGGCGUUGGGGUGAUCAUCGGGUGCUGCCGCGAGUGCCGCCCCUGCAAGGCCAACGUCGAGCAGUACUGCAACAAGAGGAUCUGGUCGUACAACGACGUCUACACCGACGGCCGGCCGACUCAGGGCGGGUUCGCCGCCACCAUGAUCGUCGACCAGAAGUUCGUGGUGAAGAUACCCGCGGGUCUGGCGCCGGAGCAGGCGGCGCCGCUGCUGUGCGCCGGCGUGACAGUGUACAGCCCGCUGAAGCACUUCGGCCUGACGGCCCCCGGCCUCCGCGGCGGCAUCCUGGGGCUCGGCGGCGUGGGCCACAUGGGCGUGAAGGUGGCCAAGGCGAUGGGCCACCACGUGACGGUGAUCAGCUCGUCGUCCAAGAAGCGCGCCGAGGCGAUGGACCACCUGGGCGCGGACGCGUACCUGGUGAGCUCCGACGCCGACGAGAUGUCGGCCGCGGCCGACUCGCUGGACUACAUCAUCGACACCGUGCCCGUGCACCACCCGCUGGAGCCGUACCUGGCGCUGCUGAAGCUGGACGGCAAGCACGUGCUGCUGGGCGUCAUCGGCGAGCCGCUGAGCUUCGUGUCCCCGAUGGUGAUGCUCGGGAGGAAGGCCAUCACGGGGAGCUUCAUCGGGAGCAUGGACGAGACGGCGGAGCUGCUGCAGUUCUGCGUCGACAAGGGACUGACAUCGCAGAUCGAGGUGGUGAAGAUGGGGUACGUGAACGAGGCCCUGGAGCGGCUGGAGAGGAACGACGUGCGCUACCGCUUCGUCGUCGACGUCGCCGGCAGCAACAUUGAGGAGGCGGCGCCGGAGCCGGAGCCGGCUAGCAACUAACGGUGCUGCACUGCUGCGUGAUGUGUGAUCCUGGACCCUUGUAACGUUCGUUUCUGUCGAGACCGUGUGCGCUUCUGCUUUCUUCAGUGCUGCGUUUUGUGCUUGCAUGCCAAGGCCCUUGGGUGAGUGACUGCUGAAGUGCUGAUGGAGUGAUAGUGAGACCAGCUCAGCUCGGCUUGCAGCUGGAUGCGUGAUAUAAUUUCGGAUUUAAUACCGAUGUGUCAUACUUGGAGUAUACCACUAUCAUAAUUGGCGAACAAUCUUAGUAUGUGUAGCACUGCAUGCUUGUGUUACCCUUUUUAGACGAUGCUAAGUGUUUUUAGGGACCUAAUCUUCAAUCGACUGAUUUCAGCGUUCUUUACAGUC